AUGAAGUUUUCAAUCUUAGCCUUAUUAUCAACUGCCGCAGCUGCCCCAGUCACUGUCACUAGAGUUGUUGAUGCUUCUCCAACUGGUUACGAUUGGCAGGCAGAUUGGGUCAAAACUUUCCCAAUUGCCAAUUCAUGUAACUCUACCCAAUUUAAUCAAUUAGCGGUUGGUUUGCAAGAAGCUCAAACUUUAGCAGAACAUGCAAGAGAUCACACAUUGAGAUAUGGUUACAAAUCCCCAUUCUACAGAAAAUAUUUUGGUAAUGAAAGUUCUAUUGCUGAAGUUGCAGGUGUUUUCCAAACCAUUGUUAGUGCUGACAAAAGUGAUAUUUUAUUCCACUGUGAGGACUUAGACGAUAAAUGUUCCAACGACGGCUGGGCUGGUUAUUGGAGAGGUACCAAUGGAAGUGAUGAAACAGUUAUCUGUGAUCUUUCAUUUACUUCUAGACGUUAUUUAUCUCAAUUAUGUGCUUAUGGUUACACUGUUUCCCAAUCUGCUACCAAUACUUUCUGGGCCAGUGACUUGCUCCACAGAUUCUUUCACCUUGAUUCAAUUGGUAAUCAAAUCAUUGGUCAUUAUGUUGACUCAUACGAAGAGUCACUUGAAUUUUCAUCUAGUAAUGCCACCUAUGCUGUCAGAAACUCCGAUUCCUUGAUUUAUUACGCUUUAGAUGUUUAUGCUUAUGAUAUUGCAGUUCCAGGUGAAGGAUGCUCAGGCGAUGGAGUCACAUACACUCAAGAUGAUUUUGCAACUAAAGAAGUUGGUGAACACGACGAUGAAGAGGAUGACCAUGAUCAUGACCACGAUGAUGAAGAUGAUCACGAUCACGAUCACGACCACGACGAUGAUGACACCACUGCUACCACUACUGCUGGUCAAACUGCUACCACUACUACUGGUGAAUCUAACUGUCAUACCCAUGCUGAUGGUGAAGUACACUGUUAG